AUGACCAACUCCGAAGAGUGCUUCCUAGGAGUCCAUGCGGAGGAGGGACCUUGCUGCUCCCCAACGUCUUUUGAGCACGAGGACGACAAGGAAGCUACACAGAUGACAUGUGACGUUCUUUGUUCUUUGAGUUCUUCGGCAGCGACUUCACAACCACACGCUUCAGCCUCCGUAAAAUCGGAGGAUUCCUGUGAAUUUUCCCACGAUUCCUCUAAGAGAAGGAAUAGCAAGACUUGUGCUAGCAAACAAUUUCAGCUACCCAUGUUCCUCAGUAAGACUUAUCAUAUGAUUGACCGAUGCGAUUCAGAGAUCGCUACUUGGUCAGAAGCGGGUGAUAAUUUUGUUGUGAAGAAUACCGAAAAGUUCGCGAGCAGCGUCCUUCCUCGCUAUUUCAAGCAUUCCAACUUUUCGAGCUUUGCUCGUCAACUGAAUUUCUACGGCUUUCGAAAGCUAAGGACCGACCCAAUCUUGACUUCGGAUGUGGAUCCACACACCGCAUGUUUCGUACGAUUCUAUCACGAAAAAUUUCAAAAGGACAAGCCACAGCUAUUGCAUCAAAUUAAACGAGCCACUAAGACUGAUCAGCAGUCCAAAGAUGAAGUUGAAUCUUUGAAACAUGAUGUAGCUAAGCUGAAGGAAACACUGAGCUUGACUGCGGCUCAAUACGACCAAAAACUCGCGGAGCUUUCCUAUGAGUGCAACCGACGCAUAACUGCGAUGAAUGCCGAGUACGACAAGUUGGCCGCCUUAGUUCAUUCCGCCAUUACACCUCGUGACAGCAUUUUGGCUGCAUCCUCAGCGACUGCGUCUUCCAGUGCGUCGCAGGUCCCAGACUUGUUGCAUUCAUUGAGUCAAGCCGCAUCACAUCAAACCGCGAAGGCUCCUUAA